GCUGGCGGAGGAAAAUAACAUUGGUGAUCAUGUCUGGCACUUAUUAAAUGACUCUGUUAAUUGAUUACUCAGGUGGUGAAGAACAUUACAGUAACAAUAACCCAGUCUCACAGGAACGAGCAAAGGAGCGAACAACCCAACUUUUGGUGGAUGUGCCAACACUGCACUGUGUUGUGUUUGGUGUGACAAGUUCACUCUGCUUUUAUAGACAUCCUGUCUCUAAGAUCCUGUGGGAGAUCUUAGCUCCUACAAGUAGAGAGAGAGAGAGAGAGAUGCUGAGAUCCAUUAGGUCUGGGAUAAAGAGGUUCCCUUGGAUCACCAAUGUCACCCUGUACAGCUGUGUGUUCGGAGCAGGUGAUGUGGUCCAGCAGAACCUUUCCAAAGAACGCGAAGCCAAAGUGGACCUCAAGCAAACCCGAAACAUCCUCCUCCUAACCUUCAGUUUUCACGGCAAUUUCAAUUUCUUGUGGCUCAAGACGCUGGAGAGAAUGUUGCCAGGUGUGACGAUGGGUAACAUCGUGAGGAAGGUGUUGUGUGACCAGCUGUUCGCGUCUCCUGUCGCCAUCAGUGCCUUCUACGUGGGUAUGAGUGCACUGGAAGGGCAACCAGAUAUAUUUGGAGUCUGCAGAGAAAAGUUCUGGAACUCGUACAAGAUUGGUGUGGCAUAUUGGUCUGUCAUGCAGGCAAUCAACUUUACCUUUGUGCCACCAUAUGUAAGGACAGCCUUUGCUGGCUUUUGUUGCNUUUUUUGGGCCAUCUUCAUGUCGUUUACCCAGCAGAGAGGAAAUGGCACUGUUUUUGCAAACCUACUUAAACCGGCUAACUCUGGCAGUGAGGGCAAGAAGUUAGAGUCGGAAAAUAAAAAGGACAACACUCCACCUAUUUCAUAAUGUUCCAAUAAUUCUGCUGCCAAUAUUGGAAUGCGUGUAAAAAUUCUGUCAAGUUGUAAAACUAUCUGAUGACCAUAAAUUUGCAAAGGAUUGUU